GAAAAGGUUGCCAGGGCCCAUGGUAGCGCAAGGCUUGGGCUCUGGCGCUUCUUCUCCUUCACCGUUAGGCGACCGUGAUCCUGGUUGUUUUCCGUGUCCUUCGCUUCUUUCUUCCUCUUCACCUCACCUCGGUGGUUUUGAAGGCCAUUCUUUGUCUCAGAAGCCACAGUGCACCGGCGAUCAUGGACAACACCCCAUCUCCAACCAGACCCCUAGGGCGGGAGCAUAUCCCCAUCUACCCCAGGGGCUUCAUUGCCAUCAGGAUUGUGCAGCUCGUCCUAGCCCUGAUAAUCCUCGGUCUGGCAGCAUACGCCAUCUCCUAUCUCUCGUUUGACGGGAACCAAUUCAUCUUGACAGUGGCCCUGAUGACCAUGUUAUCCUCCAUCUACCACUUGGUCGCCGAACUCGGCGCACCCGCCGCCUAUAACUACUGGGCCAUCCUCGGCCUCGACAUCUUCCUCCUCCUCAUGUGGCUCUGCUCCUUCGCCCUGCUAGCGUCCCGCGUCACGCCCUGGGUAACAUACCUCGAUGCACUCUCUGGGGCCGAGGCCACCUGGCUCGGGACGCAGGUGGGUGCCGCUGCGAUGGGCGGUAUCGAGUUCCUCCUCUACAUAAUCUCCCUCGCAAUCCACUCCGUCUGCCUGCACCGGCACCGCGCCGCCGGCCUGCACUGCAUGCCCCCAGGACCGCACCAGCCCAACGCGGGCGGCCCCGUCGUCUUCUUGGGCAUCGACAAGGCGGGCAACCCCGUGUACGGGCAGCAGAUACCCCUGCAACACCAGCAGCUGCCAUACCCGCAGCAGCCCGUGCCCGCCCACCUCCAGGGCCAGCCGCAGUUCUACCCGCAGAUGCAGAUGCCGGCCCCGGGCUACGCCGCCGUGCCGGCAAACAUGCACCACAUGCAGCAGGGCCAGCCGAUGCCGAUGCCGAUGCCGAUGCAGAUGCAGAUGCCACCGCAACAGCAGCAGCAGCAGCAUUACCCGCCCCCGUAUCCCCAGCAGCAACAGCAGCAACAACAGUCCCAGCCCCAGCCACACCAGCAGCCUCAACACCAACAGCCUCAACACCAACAGCCUCAGCACCAACAACACCAACAGCAGCCACAGCAGCCCCAGCAGUCGCAGCAAACGCCCCAGCCAACGGAGGAGAACAAACCCUCUUCUCCGCCAGCGGGCCAGCCGCAUCAAGCCCCACCGUCGCAGCAGACUGGGGGCCUGCUUGCGGGAGAACUGGGGGUGGAGAAUUUGGUGCCGCCGACGGGGGAGUUGGGGGGGAGUGAGGUUGGGAGUCAGGUUGGGAGUCAGGUUGGGCGUGGAUAGGGG